AUGCAAAAAAGGCGGGUCCACAUCUCGGAGCGCACGCUGAGCUUCCUUAACGGAGAGUUCGCCGUGGGACCUGGAGACGGAGGUUCUCGGGAAGAGGCACUGAGACUCGCAGGCCUACAGACAUUCUUCAUCACUGAGGUUUUGAAGCCGUACCCAGAGGGCACUCUGGACUACGGCAAGCAGAUGGAAGAUGGACAGCCGCCGAGAGGGGGAGACGCAGGCAUCGAUACAUCAACAAGUGAUGAAAAGGAGUACCGGCGUCGCCUGCACAAAGAGCUGCUUGAGAGAGACACUGAAAAGGAGCUUCGUGACCACGCUCAUCCGGUGAGCCUAUCGUUCCGCGACUCGGAGCUGGAGCGGCAGUUCGCCAGCACCAGCGACAGCUGCAGCUGUGUCUCACUCGCCUCCUGGCCUUUGGUGGCGCUGGCGUCAGCCGCGGCCUAUCCUCUUUCAUCUUCGGGUCCUGCGUUCAGUGCCUACCUUACUGGCCUGGUGUUGCUGUCUGCGCUUCUCGCAAUUUGUGUCCUGCCCUUCUUCGCAAAGGCGCUACCUCGAACCAUGAAGGUGGUUUCAACUGCGGUGCGGAGCAGGUCUGGGGCUCGCCUGCUGGUUUCCCUGACGGCAGUGACAUUCUGGUUGUCACUACAUUUAGCUGCAACCCUCUUGGGUGCCAGCAGUGACAUUGUUCAGCCAAGUAGUGCGGCCGAAGGGAAGCUGUCGGCCCCCAUAAUCCUCUCAUUGAACACUGCUCGCCACUCCGUCAGUGUGGCGGCGCUCGCGCUGGUCGCCGUGGCGGCACUCGUGCGGCUCAGCUACCUGACAAAGAUAGCCUUCCUGGCUUUGCUGUGUGUGCUGCAGUGUGCGCUCUGCCUGCUGCCACCAGUCAGCGAACACUUUACGGCGGCGUCGCUGGAAGUCAUCGAGGUCGUCGGCGCGACAGAAACCCCAACUCCGACAGUAGACCAAACAAAACAAGAGCAGCGUCUACUAGGCCAUGCUGCCGUGCAGCUCAUCUACCUGGUUGCGAUAGGAUUGGCGCUGGCUGUCAUCUCUAGGCAGUUCGAGCUUACAUCUCGGCGGCUGUUCUUGUGGAGAAAAGACGUGGAGGAGCAGAAGGAGAAGGUGGCGGACAUGCGCCGCAAGAACGAGGCGCUCGUCUACAACGUGUUGCCUCCCCACGUGGCAAAGGUGUUCCUUGGGCGGCGUAGGCUGGACGAGGAGCUGUACAGCAAGAGCCACGACUUCGUGGGUGUCCUGUUCGCGGCCAUGCCAAAUUUCUCCGAUUUCUACACCGAGGAGUCUGUAAACAACCAGGGACUCGAGUGCCUUCGCUUCCUUAACGAAGUCAUCUCUGACUUUGAUGCUCUCCUGGAGCAAAAUCGGUUCCAGGACAUCCUUAAAAUAAAGACCAUCGGCUCCAGCUACAUGGCGGCAAGUGGACUCAGCAAAGAGGACGAACCCAAGGAUGGCGCCAGCAUGCAGGAGAGGUGGGGCCAUCUGGCGCAGCUGACAGAUUUUGCGCUGGCUCUCAAAGACACUCUCAACAACAUCAACAGAGAGAGUUUCAACAACUUUGUUCUUAAGAUGGGCAUCAACCAUGGACCCAUUACUUCUGGCGUGAUUGGUGCCCGCAAGCCACAUUUCGACAUAUGGGGAAACACGGUGAAUGUUGCCAGUCGCAUGGAAAGCACCGGAAAGGCUGGAAAUAUCCAGGUGGUGAAAGAGACAGCUGACAUUCUGGAGACAUUCGGCUUCAUGCUCGAACAGCGAGGCCUGGUGUCAGUAAAGGGAAAAGGCAUGCUCAUGACUUUCUAUCUUUUGGACAAGAAACCACCUGCCCAGCAGCUCAGUGCGUUGACCACACACGUGCACACUAACCCACUUGCGCAACAAGAUGAUGACGCAGGCGUCAACACCGCAGACACGAUUGCGUUGCCACAGGAGGCUGAAACAGCGACACCUUCUGCAGACGUGACUACAAGUAGCAGUCAGGAGGGGGUCAGCAUGGUUGCAGAGCAAACUCUGCAGCACCAGCAGCACUUGCCCAAUGGUGCAGGCCCCACAGCUGCGGCGACAGCGGCGAGCCCAAGCUGAGAGACACCUCCCACAAGGAGCUGUGAGUCUUCGUUACCAUGGUGCUACCAUCCCCAGCCCCACGGCCUGCUUCAGCUAUGACUCCUGCCCUGCGGCAGUUUCCAAGCUAGGCCUCAAGAUGUCCCGGGCCUUCCUAGACGGCGGAAACAGCCACUUCAUUGUAACAUGCCUGCCCGGUGCGCCCACAUAGCGACCAGUACACCGCUGCAUCCUUCCUUUCCCAGAGGCUGCUCUCCACAAUUUGCGUGCCCUGAUUAACUACGUCACUCUAACAGUUCCUCAAAGUAGUUGACAUCAGUGUUCAACAUUCUUUAGAAAUAAUGGUCGGCUACUAAGAGGAUAGUCGGGAAGAAGAUGGUUGAACGCGUUCGUUCAUAUUCAUCACGAAAUUUUAGGGCAAGUGCUCAGGGCAAGGAAGCAAGUGCACAGAGUAGGGAACAAACCACUCUGAACUACAUUGGGUUCUUGCUUUUUUCUGCGUUGAAAUUUCGUGCUGAGUAUUAAUGUCAAACUGCGUUCUACCCACUUCCCUUCCCGUCCUAUAGCAUGCCGUGGGCAAACUUCCAGCUUGAUAUCAACGUCACCCAAAAUCAAAACAACUGUUAUUAGCCAACAUAAGUCGAAGGAAUUUCACCGAUCAUUUGUUCUGCUUUUCUUGCCGUUAAGAAACGAGAUCUUCGGCUUAACCACGACACCCUAUCCUUAGGAGCGUGUUUUAAAAUUAACACUGAAUCCACAAUGGGCAAAAGAAGUCUGUGCUGUCUGCCUUCUACCAUUGCGCGAUGAACGUUUUGGUUCUCAUUUUCAAACUGGCAUGUACGUAUUUUUGCCUUCGAGAGGCUUGUACAAGUGGUUUGUUGUCAUCGCUCUCUUCUUGUACAAUACCAGCUUAGAAUUAUACGACAUAUACGUGUUUGUGUUAUCUCCAGCCUCAUUCAUUAGCACUAAAAGUUUGGGUGUUCAUAUUCACAUUUGAGUGUCUUUAAGAAAUAUUUUCACUGAACGUGUGCAGAUCACCAUUAGCCGACAACUAUUGAACCACUGUCGGUUUUUUCUGGCUACCUUGCUUUGCCACCUUACUUCAGCUGGCCCACUGUAUGACGGUUCGGUACAUCGACACGUGGGCCUGCCUCAUGGGUCACUUUUGAUGCGGCAUUAUUGAGAAGCGGCUCAUCUAUUCCUAUCUGCUUGCUCAGUAAAAGUGGUGAAUGCGUUAGCGUUGAAGAUCAUGAGCUUUCUUUUUAAGACUGCAUUAACAACGACAUUAAAGUUUCUGAGUUCUCU